CUACAUUUCUAGUGGCUAAUAUCGUAUCGUAUCUCUUUCUCCCACAAGAAAACAACCCCAAGCUCCCCUCUUCCCCACAACACAAACCAAACAAUCGCCAUGGAUACUCUCUCAGGCUCCAUUUCAACUCUCAGUUUUUCUAGCUUUCAUCUCACACCUCGUGACUUCUCGCACUUCAAAUCUCCUGUUACAUCUCACCAAUCCUGCUCCUCAAGACCCAAUUCGAUUUCCACAACUUUCCCGCACCAUAAUCUCACUGCUUCCGCCCACUCCUUCCCUUCCUCUCACGUCGUAUCAACUCUACACUCAUCUCCUCAUCAUACCCAUAAAAAACCCGCCACCGGCUACGCUGCGGCUCUCAUAGACAUAGCUCAAUCCAACACAUGUCUCCAGGUGAUCCAAGAGGACGUAAAGAAGUUGUUGAACAAUGAGCAAGUUCAAGCCGUGUUGGUAGACCAGGUCGUGGGUGAUAAAGAGAAGGGGAAAUUGGUGAAGAUGGUGGGGAAGAAAUAUAAGUUUAAUAGGUAUUUGGUGGGUUUAACGAAGAUGUUGAUUGAGAGGAAGAAGACGGAGAUGAUAGUUGAGGUACUGCAGGAAUUUGAUAGGAUUUCUGGAGAGAUGACGAUUGGGACUAAACUGGUUUUGGGUUCUUCUGCCAACAACAUGUCCGGAGAAGAUAACGUGUUUGGAAUUACCCACAAAGUUGCCUUCAAUUUUGUAUAAGAUAACAAAUAUUUGAACAAACUCUCUUUUGUUUUACUUCAUAAUUGACCAAUUCUUUAACAUAA